GGCCGACUUCCAGUGUUCGCUCGCUCCACCCAUGAUGCGCUUUUGCAGCUCGACUUCACUCGACCUCACUCGACCUCAUCCGCAUCCUCGACUUCAUCCUAACAGGUAUCCCGCCAGCUGGCUGCUGGGCAAACGGUGCGGAGCUGCCGUCAGCAUGUUCACGGCCCCGUCAGAGCCCCCUAUUCCGUUUGCUGUCGAUAAUCUGCAAUAUUGCAUUUUGUCCUGAUUCACUCUCCUCAACGGCAGAGGAACGGCUUACAAUUCAAGGAAGAUGCGUCGCCAGGUUGCAACUACGGAUAACUGCAGAGCUGGCUUUCUAAUGAGACUGCAUGGCCAUGGUUUUCAUAUUAAAUAAUCCUGCUCUCCCGAGUCUCCGCGUCCAUCAAAUGACGCUAUAUAUUUCGACUGUGGCUUGAUUAUGGGACAGGCCAGAGUGCGGUGCAACCUCAUCCCGCGAUUUUCAACGGGACUCUUUUCAUAUAAAAACAAAUAUCAUUUAAGUCAGUCGGUAUACAGAUACUCUGCAAAAAAGGAGCUCAUCUAUACAUACACUUUGUAUGGUGUUAUGCUUUUUCCCUGCCCUGCAGUGAGUUGUUGUAACAACUGCAAGGAAGACGUGCUUGUUUCCGAUGUGCAUAGAGUCACUCAAUCCCAGAUAAAAAAGACGUCCCUGCAAGAACUCUCUGCAAUAGUCGGCUCCCAUCCGGAUCUCUGCCAGUCCCUCGGGUUCCUUCGAGUUUGUCCUUACCUUUUCGACUUGCUCGAUUUGGACACUGCAUCAACCCAGUCACCAACACGCCCACAAAAUCUAAUCGGCACGUUAAUUGGCAGAUUAUCAAAAUGCCCAGCCACCGAAGCUGUUUACUUUUUAUUUUUCCCUAUUCUCUAUGGCCUUCUAUUCAAGUUCUUCCCCUCUUCCCCCUCACUCUUUCUUCACUGGUCCAACUUUUUUUUACUUUUGAGUCUUCCGGUUUGUUCCCCCCUCCAUUCUUGAUCACUGACCCCAGCUAUGAAGACAUCACGGGGGAAGAAAGAAGCUUGCUACACGACCGCUACAUGCGUUUCCAGUUACACCAUUAUCCGUACCACACAGAUACCAGGGAACACGCGGGCUGUCGAUGCAUCCAGGCUGGUGCAGCUCUGGGGAAGCUAGCUAAUACUGGGCUUUUUAUUGGCUUGACCUAGACUACAUAACUGCAUCAAUCCUCUGUUUUCCUCGUUAAAGCACAGCUUUCGACCCGCUUCUUUAUCUCAACUUGCACCAACAAUGCAAGUAAUACCUGGCCUCAUGAUAGGUAGAUGCAGCAGCCAUAUUUUUUUCACCUGGCUUCAAGUUGCUGUCCAUUGCAAGCGCAUAAAAGUUUAAAACAACAUCCCUGACACGCACAUAUACACGCAGCUCGCAGCAAGUUGAUCUAUCGCGGCACACUCAGCCCGUGGAAACAACAGACCUGGGAAUAUCAGAACUUCCCCGAGUGGUCGAUCUUAGUUGAUCCGGUUAACCUCCUCAUCACGGUGAGUUUCCGGAGGUCAGGGCUGGCUUUUAUUCAAUGAGCCACAAACGCCCCUUCCCCUCUUCCACUCCCCCCUCUAUUCACUCGCAUCUCUUUUCGCCAUCCCCGUUGGAAUGGGGAAAAAACGGAUGCCCGUCAAUAAUGCAAGUACCCUGAUCAAAAGAAGGAUAUGUGGGUUGAUUUGUAUACAUAUGUACAUACCCUCAUAUGCUCCCUGGAAGCAAGGCUUUUUCUGGCCCACAGCAGAACCGGGAGUUUGCUGCGUAGGCGAGAGACGGCUGGGCAGAUUUGCUGCUGCAGCUUUUGCCCCCACCAACGUCAAUAUGAGAACGAAUAUGCAUUAUCAGAGAAUCAUUAUGGCAGUUCGUAUCGGGUUCUGGGUAAUAUUUUUUGCCUUAACACUCAGGCAAUCUGCCAAAUCUCGGAGUACUCCGUCUCUUAUCAUUCUCCCAUGCUCUCCGCUACUUUUUGUCC